AUGUCAGCUACACGCACCAUGAUUCGUGAAGCGGACGAUAUUACAAAGGGGAUCAUAUCUGGUGUCUGGUAUAUGAUCAAACCUAUCAUUAAGGUCAUUCUGUGCGUCAUCAUAGUUCUCGCUAUUUUUGCAUUGGCUAUUUAUUUCUUCUACACAUUAGUCAUCUGUUCAUGGCUAGCACAAGUUAUACCAUUCGUGCAUUACGCUUGCCCGAAAGCAAUUGACAGUCAAAACAACAUUAUCCUACCACCUGUCAACAUCGCUGUCGAAAAAACGGCUAGCUUGGCUGAUUUUCUUCUUAAAAAUACACAAGUAAAUGCUCCACGUCAAUUUGUUCGUGCAACAACGAGUAUUGUUGAGCUUCGAGCUGUUAUUGAUGCUAGCGACAUUAAGAUUGAAACUAGAAAUGAAUUAAGUACACAAUUCAAAGAACUUCAAACUCUUGUUACACAAGGUGGUAAUGAACUAACGUCAAUGGUUGUUUCUUUUGGUGGCACACUUCAAAAUCUUCAAAUAUCGACAAAGUAUGUGUUACAAGAUCUCAAGGAAGUCGCACCAAAGAUUGAAGCUCUAAAGAAACACGAUAUUCAAUCUGCAUUAUCGGAAGUGGCAACACGUGUCGCUGUGCACUCUUUUCAUGACUAUAUUUCGUCGAUGCGCACUGAAAUUGAGCGCAUUAGGCUGAAAGCCCAAAAAGCCUAUGAUACGCUUGAAAAGAUUCAGGAAAAAUUGGGUACAAUUGAAGAGAGACACUUUUGGCGCUGGAUAUUUGGCAAAGAUGAAUUUAAUAUUCGCAAAUAUGAACGAACUAUGCCAUUGUUCAACGAAUUUACACAAUUUGUGCGUAUUGCAUCGGAAAAUGUGGGCGUCACAAUUCAAAAAUUGGAUAGCUUUCAGUCUGAAAUUGAUGAGCUUCAAUAUACGGCAGCUACUAUCGAUGAACAAGUAGGAAAAGCACGGUUGUCUGUAGACAUGCAGACGGAACAAAUUGAAGAAGCACUGAAACGCUUAGAACAAUCACGAGCAGCAUUCGAUACAAAAUCAAAUGCUGCAAAUCAAUUAGAAUAA